AUGGAAUCGAACUGGCUGACUGCACGCAAUAACCACACAUACGAAAAUGGACGCCGCUAUUAUGGCUUCAAGGCCGAAUUCCCCUUUCCAGACGACGAAAACGCUACCACAGCGCACGCGAUGAUCAGCACCAUCUGGCAUCAUCUUCUAGACGGCAGAACCUUUAUUGCCCCCCUAGAUCCGGUCAAGAAAAACCAUAAGUUUCUCGAGUUCGCUACCCGUAGCGGCUCCUGGACGAUCAUGGCACUAGACCGGCAUCGUCCUGCCCCGCGCUUAACGGGCAUGGACCCGACCUAUAUGUCUCCAGAUCUCCAAUAUUUCGAACACCACGACCUCGAGGGUGAUUGGCCGUUUACUGCAAGACAGGCGUUUCAUUUGAUCCAUGCGCAGUCGCUAGGCGGGGUGAUUGCCGACUAUGAUAGGUUCUACGCUAAUGCGUACCGGCAUCUUCUCCCGGGCGGGUGGUUAGAAGUAUGGGAGAACGACUUACGCUUUUUUACCGAUAACGCACAGGAUGAAGCCCGGCUAGUGGCACUAAGGGAGUGGGAGGCGCUGAUACAUGAGGCAGUGGCCAAGUUUGACAAGCGAAUCAACGUGGCAGCCGAACAGAAGGAGCUGAUGCACUCAGCUGGCUUUGUGCAAGUCGAUGAACAGCUAUUCAAGGUAGGUGAGCCUAAAAUGGAACAAAAAUUCAAAGAUAAUCCGUGUGUAUUGUAG